AUGCUGCAAGAUUUAGGUGACAAACUCAUUGGCAGCAUCAAAAAACUUUCAGAAUCCAAGAAGAUAGAUGAGACUGUCUAUCGAAAUUUCAUGAUAGAAAUCUCUAAAAGCUUAAUUGCGGCAGAUGUGUCAAAAGAAAUUGUAUUUUCAUUUUCUAAGCGCCUUCGUGAGAAGAUCAACUUCAACGAGAUCCCACCAGGUCUUUCAGCUAAGCGUGUUAUUGAAAAAGCAGUCUUUAAUGAACUUGUUACGCUUAUCAACCCAGGAAUGACGGCAUACAAACCAAUCAAAAAGAAAUUGAACAUCUUUAUGAUGGUCGGUCUUCAAGGUGCAGGUAAAACAACUACAGUUACAAAAUUAGCAAAUUAUUAUAAGCGUAGAAACUGGAAAACCGGCGUUAUUGCCGCAGAUACCUUCCGUGCAGGUGCUCGUGAGCAGCUUAUGCAGAACGCUCAGACCGCACGCAUUCCUUAUUUCGUUGAUUUUACAGAAUCAGAUCCAGUCCAAGUAGCUCUCAAAGGUAUUGACAAGUUCAAGAAGGAGAAGUUCGAGAUAGCCAUCAUCGAUACAUCCGGCCGUCACAUGCAAGAAGAAGCUCUUUUUGCAGAAAUGAAAUCUUUGGCCGAAAACGUUGUUCCUGAUGAAAUCAUCUUCGUUAUGGACGGUACCAUUGGUCAAGCAGCCUACGAUCAAGCUCUUGGCUUCAAGAACGCUGUCGGCGUCGGUUCAAUUAUCAUUACAAAAUUAGAUUCAAAUGCCAAAGGUGGUGGUGCCCUUUCCGCAGUUGCAGCCACUCAAUCACCCAUCUCCUUCAUCGGUAGUGGUGAAAACUUCACAGAUCUCGAGUGGUUCGAUCCUUCUUCAUUUGUGUCACGUUUAUUAGGAAUUGCCGAUCCCACGAUCUUCCAGCGCACAUUAGAAGAGAUUGACAAGGACAGGAACCGCGAAAUUGGUCAGCACAUCCUUGCCGGACAGUUCAACUUCAAAGAUCUUUACGCGCAGUACCAAACAAUUUUAGAAGUCGGAAACUUCAAUUCUAUGAUGGAAUCAAUAAGUAUCGCAAACGGAUACGCGCCUGGAACGAAAGGAAAUCCAGAGGCAACAAAGGAACAGGUCAGAAGAAUCCUAAUAACUAUAGAUGCUAUGUCUACUUCUGAACUUGAAAAUCCGUCACUUUUCAAAGACGAUAGCCGCAAAAUGAGAGUUGCAUCAGGAUCCGGAAUGCCUCCUACCUUUGUACAAUAUGUCAUUGAUGAACAGAAGAGGUGGGAGAAGAUGUUCAAGAGGAUGGACAAGAAGACAUUGGCUCUCAUGGCACAGGAAGAAAUGCCAACUUUCGCAAACGAAAGACAGUUCAAAGAACAGGUGCUGAAGAUGGCUAAGUCAAUGGAUAAGGAUAUGCUCAGAUCUGUAGGUGGCAUCGAAGGCUUGGAAGCAUCAAUGAGACAGUCUUGCAAUUACAUGAAGAAGUAA